GAAGAAGACGUCAAACGUCAAACCUUCUUUUUUUUAGGUUAUCCGUCAGAAAGGGUGAUCUUUUAUACUUUUAGAUUUGUCAAGUCCGAAUACAGAGUUAAAAGGUAAACAUUUGUUUUAGUGAUGGCAGACGCGGCAGCACCGAAAAAAUCCAAACCGGAAAAGAAGCCCGCUAAGGAGGCCGCCGCUGCUGGUAGCGCAGAAAAAAAAUCAGUUAAAAAGAGGCCUUUGAAACGCCAUGGAAGACUCUACGCUAAAGCCAUCUUCACGGGGUACAAACGUGGACUUCGUAAUCAACACGAAAAUACCGCAUUAUUAAAAGUUGAAGGUACCGAAUCGAAGGUAGACAGUUGGUUUUAUGUAGGCAAGAAGUGCGUGUUUGUAUACAAGGCAAAGAACAAGACCUGUGUUCCCGGUAAACCCAAAUCCGUUAAAUCAAAAGUUAGGGCUAUUUGGGGCAAAGUAACGCGACCCCACGGAACCAGAGGAGCAGUGAGAGCAAAGUUUAAGAGGAAUUUGCCCGCCAAAGCAAUGGGACACCGCAUUCGUAUCAUGUUGUAUCCAUCCAGGAUCUAAUAACAUAAAAUACCUAUGUUAAUUAAUUUUAAUUUAAAACCAUUAAUAAAUUUGUAUAAUUUAAGGUAA